UCUGGCACUUAUGCUGAACCCUGGAUGCGUCGAGACCCCCUCCUCUCCCGCUUCACUUAGUUACAACCUGAUGAAGCUCGGUGCCACUAACAACAACACUUGACACGAGCGUUCAAUUCAUAUAGGCCGUCCCUCAUGACAUCGUCAAGCCGUUCCUUUAAAAAAGCGGAGCUCAAAUCUGAUAUGGUAAAUGCCAUCAACUACAUCUGCAGACUUGAGGCUUUAGAACAGGGCUUCAGGUGCCUAGUAGUCAGGGGCCCAGUACACUGCACUUACACGGUCCGCGAUCCCACAACGAAGCGCAUCACAGGCCAUAAGCCCGUGGACGAGAAGCUUACCGUCUUCGUGGGAGAGUCUUGGCCAGCUUGUCAGAGUCAAGGCCACAUCUAUGUGGUCACCGAACAGCACGGUCUUCCCGUUCAGCGUAUAAGGGAACCUGAAACGAGCAAGUUGAUUGCACCGGGUUGCAAGCCCGCCGGCACCGACUUCUGGCUUCUUAGGGGACAAUAUAUGCGGCCUAGUUGGGGUCCAGACGCUUGCCCACUCAAGGUUGGUGAGCGUUGAGCAACCAGAGUUACGUUUUACCUCUCGGAGAGAUCAUAGAUGAGAGUCAAGAGAAACUGUACUAUAACUGGUGUUUUUACUGUGUAUGGAGAGAUCGAGUUGCCGUUUAGAUUUGAGGUAUCACUAAGGUACCUUGGCGUUGUGUUUCUAGGCUCGAAUAUCCCCUUGGUUCACUUCGAUCACAGCGCUCUUAAACAUUCCUCAUCGACAUGAAGGGAGGAAUUGCCCCUCCAAGAUUUCUACCAUGUGCGAUUUAUCUACC